UUUGUCAUACUCCUGGUUUGAGAACUGUCCCAAUUGAUAUUCGCUUACUCCAAUUGUUAUAUUUCCUCUUUUAUACUGUCACAUGCUCUCAAUGAAAAGUUUCGGUUUGGAAUGUAGACUUCAACCUCUUCCAGCCAGAAUGUCAAAAGGGAACCAAAGUGAAAGCAGUGUGGUGCGAAUCGGUCACUCUCUGAAUGAGGCUGAGAAAGGUCAUGUGUCCAGUAGGAGAGAAUCAGUUCUGCAGUGUCUUCUGCAGCAUAACAUACACUGUAGCCCGGAGGAGGUACCCAACAUUGCACUCUUGGGUUCAGGUGGCGGUGAGAGAGCUCUGCUGGGUUUGAUGGGGUCAUUGGUCCAGCUGUUUAAAGAGGGUCUGCUGGACUGCAUGAUGUAUCUGUGCGGGGUCUCUGGAUCAACCUGGUGCAUGGCCUCUUUAUACAAAGAACCGGAUUGGUCCUGCAGGCUGGAGGAAGUGAAGGAUGACAUCAUACAGAGACUCACUGGUGAUGGAGUCAGUUUCACGGACAAACUGUCAAUACUGGAAAAAUACUACCAGAAAGACAAUUUCAGUUUGACAGACAUCUGGGCGGCACUAGUAAUAAGUGAGGUUGUGAAAGAGAUAGAUGAAAAUCCUCUUUCCCAUCAGAGGAGCAAACACAGCAAAGAUCCGUAUCCCAUCUACACUGUGAUCGAUAAGCAGAGCAAUCGUGAAAAAAUGAAAGCAGACGUCUUUUUUGAGAUCACAGCACAUGAGGUUGGCUACUCCAUCACUGGAGCCUUUGUAGAUUCCUCCUGUUUUGGAUGUCAGUUUGAUGAAGGUGUUAAGAAGAAAAACCAGCCCGAGAUGGAAAUGUUGUACCUCCAAGGUCUGUGUGGUAGCGUUUUUGCUGACCUUGAAAAAACAAUGGAGGAACUCUUAAUAUUAAUAAAAAAGCUCUUUUGGCGCGAGUCAGAUGUGACGUGUAACCACACAUCGCUCAGCCCUCCACAUCUAAAUGAAGUGUACCGGGUGACUUUGACGCUUGUGGAACUGAAUCUUCUGUUCUUCAGAGAGGAAGACACUUCAUCUCACAUUGAAAUCCUUAAUGAUUUGCUAAGAGGAAAGCUUAACAAAGAAAAAUAUGAGACUGUCAUUACCUUACAGAUGAUGCCAGAGGGAAUAGCUAGGAAGAAAAUUCAGGAACAAACUCUAUACGUAUGCCAGCUGUAUUCAGACUGGUUGCAGAAACAACUAAAUUAUAAUGGGCUAUGGAUGGUUGUUAUCAAAUGCAUUGAGUUAGCAACUCGCUGGAUCUGGGGCACAACAUAUAACUUUCUCUACAACAUGACAGCGCCGGAGGUUUCUCCAUGUAUCCUGAAAAAGGAAACAAGACAUUAUGAGGAUGCUGGAAUCUUCAUCAACUCUCCUUAUUUCUCAGUGUUGAGGAAAGAGAGGCACAUUGAUCUCAUUAUCUCUCUUGAUUUCAGUGAUGAUGACCCAUUCAAGACAGUGGUUCAGACUGCUGAAACGUGCAAAGAGCUACACAUUCCCUUUCCCAAAGUUCACAUAUCUGAGCAGGACAAACAAACUCCAAAAGACUUCUACGUGUUUGAAAGCCACCAUGCGCCGACUGUGAUUCAUAUCCCUCUUUUCAACAUUAUAAAUUGUGAAGGAGAAGUUAGAAAGUGGAAGAGAAGAUACAGAACCUUCCAACAGCCCUACAGCUGUGAAAUGAUUCACGAUCUGCUGGAGAAAGCUGAGGUGAACAUCAAAAAUAACAAAGUGGACCUUUUGAGAGAGAUUCAGAAAGUCAUUCAUAGAAAAACUUAAAGCCAUACGCUGUGCUAGAUGUUAAAUCCAGGAUAAUGAAUCAAAUACAAAAUAUUUUUCUUGCAUGCGUAUUUCAAACAGCACCAUAUACUGUACGGUUAUUUUUCACAUUUUUCUAUUUUCCUAAUUUUUAUAAUUGUUGCAGAAAACGAUUCUAAAAUCACACCAUCAUGAAAACGGCUCAUUGGAUCAAGCUGUUCUAACUCUUGACCAGUAGAGGGCAGCACAGAGAGUGCUUGUAGAGUUUUGUUUGAUUCAACUGCACCCUGAAAAUAACACAGACAAUAUACAGUAAAAUAUAAACAUUAUUAAAAACGGUGAUUAGUCUUUGCGAUUAGAAAGUUUGCACAUUAAGAAGCUUUGAAAUUCAGACACUUGAAAAAAAGCAAGGACAGUCUUAUUGGUUAUUAU